AUGGUAAUUAAGCACCUGGGACAUCGUCCGGUCCUUAACCCCCCCCACAAACCCCGACCGCCCCCACCGAUCCCCUCCCGGUUACGGCGGGGACCCCUCUCCAAGCGUCUCCCUCCCCGCCCCCCCCGCGGCCCGGCAGUGGUUCGCCCCGCGGCGCGCCGAUUGGCCGGCCGCUUAAAGGGGCAGGCAGGGCGCGCUUUUUCCGCCCUCCGUCGCGGCGGCGGCGGCGGCGCGUGCCCCCUCGCCCGCGCGCGCGCGCGCGGGCGGCGCUCCCCGGGCGGGCGGCGCUCCCGGGCGGGCGGGGGGCGCGCGCGCGCGGCACCCCCCGCCACCCGCGCCCCCCCCCCCCCGCCACCCGGCGGCGUCGCCAUGGAGACGGCGGACGGUGGCCGCCGAGGGCCGCAAAGGGCGGCGCGGCAGCGGCGGGCGGCUCGGCGCGGGGCCAUGGCGGCGGCGGCGGCGGCGGGGCCGGGAGGUGCCGGUGGUGGUGGUGGUGUCGGUGGUGUCGGUGUCGGUGGGGCCCCGCGGUACCGGCUGCUGGCCGAGAUCGGCCGCGGGGCGUACGGCGUGGUGUACGAGGCGGUGUCGGGCCGCGGCGGCGCCCGGUUGGCCGUGAAGCGGGUCCGCUGCGACGCCCCCGAGAACGUGGAGCUGGCGCUGGCCGAGUUCUGGGCGCUCACCAGCCUGCGGCGGCAGCACCCCAACGUGGUGCGCUUCGAGGAGUGCGUGCUGCAGCGGCACGGCCUGGGGCAGCGCAUGAGCCACGGCAACAAGCGCAGCCAGCUCUACCUGCGCCUCGUCGAGACCUCCCUCAAAGGUGAGAGGAUCCUGGGCCACGCGGAGGAGCCGUGCUACCUCUGGUUCGUGAUGGAGUUCUGCGAGGGGGGAGACCUCAACCAGUACGUGCUGUCGCGACGGCCCAACCCGGCCACGAACAGGAGCUUCAUGCUGCAGCUGACCAGCGCCAUCGCCUUCCUGCACAAGAACCACAUCGUCCAUCGGGACCUGAAGCCGGACAACAUCCUCAUCACCGAGAAAUCCGGCACCCCGGUUCUCAAGGUGGCCGACUUCGGGCUCAGCAAGGUGUGUGCUGGUCUCACAGCUCGGGGCAAGAAGGGCGGCAACGAGAACAAAAAGGUGAAUGUGAACAAGUACUGGCUGUCCUCGGCUUGCGGCUCCGACUUCUACAUGGCCCCCGAGGUCUGGGAGGGACACUACACGGCCAAGGCUGACAUCUUUGCCCUCGGCAUCAUCAUCUGGGCCAUGAUCGAGAGGAUAACUUUCAUCGAUGCCGAGACCAAGAAGGAGCUGCUGGGGACCUACAUCAAGCAGGGGACUGAGAUUGUGCCCGUUGGGGAAGCGCUGCUAGAAAACCCAAAGAUGGAGCUGCACAUCCCUCAGAAACGCAGGACUUCCAUGUCUGAGGGGAUCAAGCAGCUCCUGAAAGACAUGUUGGCUGCUAACCCGCAGGAUCGACCUGAUGCCUUUGAGCUUGAAACCAGGAUGGACCAGGUUACAUGUGCUGCUUAAAUUCAGGGCAGGGCACCGCUGUGCUGUGCAGCUGGGUUUGUUUACCAGGGACCCGUAAUCUCCAUUAUUUACGUGCAACGAGGGAUGUCAAAGAUAAGGGAAGAAGACGACGCAGAAGAUCCCUGGUCUGCAGGAUCUCUGGCAAUGUGAAUUUUUCGGGUGUUACUUUUUGUUGGGAAGAGGUGUUUUGGGGCUGCGGGGAGGGCUGCAGGGGCCUGCAGAAGAGCACAGGCUGGGCAAUUACUGUGCUCACUACUCCUGAACGAGACCCAGAGAGGAGAGCUGCCCCUGCCCAGCCCUCCCCAUGUCCCCUGUGCUGCAGUUUGACUCAGCAGAUGUUAAUCGAGAAGAUCUGGUGCCGUAAGGACGUGGCAAUCAUCAGCCCAGCAGCGAGGCGUGCUGCCAGGCACGAGCACUGAGCCCAGCUGGGCACGGUUUGGGGAUUAAAGCUCUUGCUUCCUCCUCAGGAAGCAGGAGUGAGGCAAUCGCUGGGUUUGCACUGGGACUGCAAUGCUUUAGGAAAGGUGAGUCUCUUGAGCUGGGUAUUGCAAGCAGUAAAAUGAUGUCAUGGCCAAGCAGCUUCACACUGCUCGGGCUGUAGGCAGCUGACGUUAGGAUAGAGUAGCAUAAACGAGCUGGAAAGUUGCUCGGGAAGGGAGGUCUGGCCCUGCCUGUUCUCCUCCAGCUGGAUUUCACUAGUGGCGUUUGGUGUGGACGGUCCUUCUAGACAGGGGGUAAUGGGGAGCCCCCGGGUACAUUUUCAGGCGGACAUUGUCUGCAUAUGAGAGAAACAGAAAGCAAUCCACUGCUCUGAACCAUUUACUGCCAAGCUUCAGUUGUGAGGAACAACGCCUGGGAGUAGAGGAGGUUUGGCCUAAAUGGCUCGUGGGCUGGAUUCUAGCCUCCUGCAGAACCCUUCUUCAUGCUAGGUAACUAUCUCCAGAAAGUAAAGGUAAUGCUGCUGUUUAGUUCUGGUCACUUGGUUACAGUUCAGGACAGCUCAGGCAGGGAGACGGGAACCUCAGGCUGGGCAGUUAGCACUCCAUCUCCCUGCCUGUGUUUAGAGCAACACUAAUAAUGUUCUGGGGCUGACCCCGUCUCGAUGGUCUUUAGACUUUGCUCACUGUAAAUGCAAUGUACAGCACCACCUCUACCACCUCUUCUCCAUCCUGCAGGGUCAGAGCUAACUAAAAUGCUUCCUAGCAGCCUAAAUCAGCCGGCACCCGUUUGGGGAGCGGGCACCUCCUUGUAGCGACCGGUGUGUUUUACUGACCUCCUGGGAACAAACGGAAAAGGAAUCGGUUCCGUGUGGGCUAAGGCAGAGCUAAGUAGGGAAGGAGGGGGACGGGGCUGGUUUUUCUCCUCCAUCUCUCUGUUACUGGGUGUAGCACUGAGGCUAUUGCUGCGGGGAGGCCAGCUCCUUAGGAAAGCGAUGCCAGCAGGCUCCAGCCCCCGUGUGCUCUGGUUCUCCAGCAGCAGACCCUGCAGCAGCCAAGCCGAGAGCUGAAGCCCCUAGCUCACAGGUACAGCGUUAGUGUCCUGACCGCGGGCCCGUCGUUCCUCCACCCAGCAGAGCUUCUGCUCCUUGCUGACUGUUACAACCUGACCCUGGCUUGAGCUGGUGGACAUGGGGGGCAUCACUCUCCCACCCUGCUCACAGGUUUCUGUGCUGGAAGGGCCCUUCGCUGGGUGUUAUGUGCCGGGAGAAGGGAGCUUCCCGGCAGGAGGCUUGUGUGCGGAGAGCAAGCCUGAAAUGCAGGGUGAGGAGGUGGAAGGUGAGGGGCUGCCCUGCAGGAGCACUGCUGCGAGCUGGGUGCAAGCACCCUGCUCCUCCCUGGGGAGCCCGGCAGGCCCCGGAGCAGCCUCUGGAAGGUCGCCCCUCCUGGCCCUCGCAGCUUCAAGCUACCUUCCAACCACACGUCUCCACCUCAGCUUUUGCAUUGCAGAUGUGUUUUUAAAGCAGCUUGAUGUUAGUGAGCUAGACCGUAGUGCCUUACUUAGGAUUUAGCAAACACUUCCAAGGACGAGACCUAGGGCUGCUAGCCUUUGGCCAAUGUGGCUGUUUUCCUGUUUAGUUUGUGCUUCUAAAAGCGUUUCUCCCUGAUGAUUUUGCUGCUGUUCGUGCUCGACUCCUCAGAUGAUAGACGAAGCUGCCUUGUGUUUACAGCUCCUAGCAUCUCUCCUCCCAGGUACGUUGGCCCACACCAAAUUCUUGUUCUCCAGAGCAAGGGUUGUGCUGGGAGCAGCUGAAACCUGCACGUGCUGCCAGAGGGGUGUCGAGGUGGCCCUUCCUAGCUGGGUCUGUCGGGCACCUCCUGCCGGGCUCCUGCAGGCUGAGCUCCCUCUGCAGCGGAUGGUUUUGGCACCGGGUUGCCCUGCUGGGAAAACUCAAGCUAAGGAAAGCAACACUAAGCCUGCAGAGCGUUGCCCAGCUCAGGGCCAGGCUAUCUCCAUCUCUUUUAAGCAUCCGGGGGGGGGCUGCUUUUUGGGGGGGGGGGGGGGAACCAAGUGCCCUCUCCCCAAACUUUACCACCCUCAAGGCUUGUGGAGCCCAGCCGGAGCCGUGCUGGGGGUGAUUGUAUGAAACUGUUUACUUCUGACUGCUGUUUACAAGAGGGAAGCGGGGUGGGUGCGGGGAUAAGCCAAGCCUCAGGAGGAUUGGGAAACGUGUUAUCUGCACCAGCCUGCAGCAAGGCCGACAGCGCCGGUGUUGUGGGACCUCCCAGGCAGCUGCAGUCCGUGGGGAGGAGAGAGCAGAGGUGGCUCUAGCCUAGAGGGGUUAGAUUAGCUCCCCCUUGUCCCCGUGCUGCUGUGUUCGAGGUUCAGCGGUGCUAGUGACAGAUAAGAGUUACCCCUGUGGUCUUCCUUUACUCCUCAGGACCCAGCUCCUUCACAUAUCAGAGGCUCCCGGAGCCUUUCUGGAGCAAUAAGACUUAAAACAAGCGUUACCAUCCUUGUGGAAAUCCUCCAUCGCGCGCGUUGUGUGUCUUCUCUGUAUGCAGUACCGAGUCUGGGUUUAAGCCUGCUAAACUCGUGGGGCAGUUGCUUACGGGGCACACUGGGACGCCUCUCCCUGGGCUUUCCACGGGUGACGAGAGCCGGGAAGCACGCUGCUGCUCUGCUUCGGUACCCGGGGCACGCGCUGCCAAAGCCUGGUGCUGCGGCUGUCCGGGGCGAGCGCUGUGCCCGGUCCUGCUGGAACCCCCCCCUCGGAGCUCCAGCAGCCUCCCCUCCUUUCAGCCAGCUUCAGCCUUGGCGUUGAAACGAAGCAGAUUUUGCCGGAUUUGCCCGUUUCUCUGCCGUCUGCCCCAGGGCUUUGAACUCCGAGGGUGAUUUUCAGGCUGAGCUGCCGUGGGAGCGCGCAGGGGCCGUACGGGGGCUCUUGGUGUCCCCGUCCUGGUGCCUGCCCCCUCCCCAGCAGCUCCCUUGGUCUCCUGCUCCUUCCUCCAGCAGAACCCAGCCACUCUGCAGCAGUCAUGUCCUGGCCACACCAGGGAGGUGCUGGGGCCCCAGCAGCGCUGUGUGCACCGGGGGCAUGGGGGCUGCCUGCCCUAGCCCUGCCCUGGGACCCCUGCAGACCUGCACCAAGGUAGUGAGAGCACAAGGCUUAAACCCAGACUCCCAACUAAAGAUAAUGAUGUUAGCAAAUGAAUCUGUAUUUUUUUUAUUUUUUUUUUUUGCACAGAAGCUGGUAAUCUAGGACCUACGUGUGAACAACUUUAUAUAAAUAUUUUUUUGUACUUGGUUUACUUGGGUUGGUAUGAGAUGUUCUAUUUAAGUUCUUUGAACACUGUGGAUGCCCUGAUGUGUAUGAGUGGCAGAGGCUUUGUAAAUUAAGAGACGUUUGUGUGAAUAAAGCUAUUUGAUGGGGUUGAAAAGCCACACACAAUUUGAAACACGAGUUCUGUGUGUUUGUCCUCAGUCCCCGAGCAGCGCGCUUCAACGUCCUCGUCUGCAUCAAGCCAGCCCCUCACAGCCCCACGUGUUCUCACCAGGGCUUAGAAACCAAGUAUGGAGACAACAGCACACAUCUCUCCUGUGCCUUUAGCCAGAUCACCGAGACCUCCUGAGCCAGCAGCCAGGCUUGCCGAUGCCCUAUGAAGAGACAACACCGAGUGGUUAAGGUUUAGUGCUCCUCUCCCUUUCCUAGAGCAGGAUUAACAUUUCUCUGCCUGAUCUUUAAUAAAUCCCUGUGUGGGUCUUGUGUCCAUGAAGGUAUAGAAAACAUUUGCACUGUCAGAGCCACCAUCACACAUCCCCCUUGAUGCUGUGGUGACUCCUUCCAAGCCAGCUGAGCCUGGCACAGGGACACCUCGGUCUGUAAAGUGUCAUGGGCUCCAUCCCAAAGGGCUCAGCCAGCGGUCCCAGCUGGGGGAUUAGGGCACUAAACCAAGGCAGCUGUGGCCAUUUAUCCUCACCCCCACAUUGGGAGCAGCUCUGCUCUCACUGCAGGCACCAGUAGGCCAAGUCACCGAGCAUCACAGCGAUAGCUGGACAGGUGAGCUCAGCCACUCCUUGCACGCUGCCUGCAGAAAUCUUCCCCUGUCCCUCUGCUUCCCAGCAGCUCAGAAGCCAAAAAGGACAAGCAGCCUCUUGCCCAGCCUGCCUCCAGCUCCAGAAGUGGCUCCCAAACCCAACAAGGAAAAUACCCCCCAGAACUGAGGUUUAGUAGCCGCAGGUACUGUCGCUCUUUGUGCGAACACUUGAGAUGCACAAGCCAAAAAUCCCAGUGAGGGUGAGCCAUGUCCUGCGGUGACCAGAAACCUGCCUUCGUGCAGAGGAAGGCAGCCAGCGAUUUCCUGAGUGCCAAGGACAUGGGGCCACCCCCGAGCCCAUGUGGGACACGGGGUGUCCCAGCACACGGGGCCACGCUGCAUCGCCUGCCAGCCCUUGUGUAACGGCCCCGCAUGACCCAGGGCAGCUGCAGUGCCCAGACGUGCUUGGGGCCGGUCCUCCCCUCCUGCUCCCCCUAAACACUGCCAGCAGCACGGCCACAGGCUCCCUGCAUUCGCCCAUCACCAUUGUGCUCUGUAAUUGCUGCCGACAGGGACCUAAAAGGGAAGCUUUCAGCCUGGCGGGGCUGUCCUGGGGCUGAGCGAUGCUGGGGGGCUGGAGCUGCCUUGCUGCCCUUGCUGGGGGGGGUGGGGCUGAGCUGGGGAAUCGUGGGGCUGAAGGACACAGUCGGCACGUGGCACCCACCACGAGCACAGCCCUGGGUGCUCGGAGCCCCCCGGUCCUGCCCCAGAGCAUCCUUCCUGCCCGUGGGGAAGGGGCUGGAGCAUUGGCAGUGGUUAACACCUACAGCACCAGUGCUGCUGGGCGAGCUGCUUAUACAAAAGUGCACAUGCAGCAAAGGGCAGCUCUGCUGGGCGAGGAGCACGAGGCCUUCCAGGGGCGCAGCUUCAGCAGCUGCUUUCAGAGCGCAGCUCUCAAAAAGCCCCGCUUUGUGCUGUUUUUGUUUUCCUGGAACAAUAGUUCAUCGGAAACAAAAGCCCACUCUGCCUGUCUGCAGCACCUGCCAGGUGAAAGCGGUCUCUAAGCAAAGCAGCCCCCCUCGCGCAGGCAGGACUUGGCCCAUUUCCCACCAGAAAAGCCCCCCACAUGGGGACUUUUGGUCCCAGGAGACACCAGCGCUGCAGGGCAGCCCCCGGCGCCCCUCCAUGGUGCCAGCCUCCAGGCAGGGGCUCAUGGCACAACGCGCUCCCCUGGGGGCUGGAGCCAUGGCAUCCCCUACAGCCCCUGCACACCCUGGUGCUGAUGCCUCAGCCCCUGCAAAUGCGACGAAGUUUUAAGUCCCCAGGAGCUUGGGGAUGGGAGCCCGGCUCAGCCCGCACGUGU